UAUGCACACGUACAGACGCACGACUGCAGUCGCGGAGAGUUUUUAUAUCAUUAUUAAGUUGCUGCGAGCCGCAGAGUUGGUCUUGCCGGAUUAAGAAAGUACGGUAUAUCCCGUGGAUGCAGCAGCAGCGGCUUCAGCUAUGUCGACCGACUCGAUCGUGCACCAGCAGAUUCGACGAACGUAGAGGAAGAAAGAAAAAGAGAGAGAGUCGAGUGUCCGCAAUAUAGGAUCGAGAUGACGCGGGAUAAUACAUCGUAUUGGCGCAGCUGUCUCGGCUGGCUCGGCUGUCUCGUCGAUCCUUUGUUGGCCAUACUUCUCACUUCUGUCCUGCUGCCCAGUCUGCUACUGAGCUAUCCAGUAUGUCAAUGGUGUCGGCGCUUCUGGGUGCGCUUCGUCAAAUGGAGGUAUCCCCAGUGUAUCGUCGUCGAGGAGAGCAGCACGCGCAGCAUUCUGGACCAGGGUAGAAAUCAAGGAAUCUACACUCUUCUGGUCGAGUGCCCGAGCAUCGUGACGGAACACCUGCGCAAUCACCUGAUACACCUGUCGUCGGGCAAGCAACUGCUGCGCAUGGCCCUGACGACCAAGUGCUGCCUCUACGCCUGGCAGAGGAUCGACGACUUUUCCAUCGACAAUCACCUGAUCGUUUCGCCGAGCUCGUACAAAGGCAGACCUAUCGGCGAGGCCAACAUUCAGGAGUACGUGAGCGACGUGACGUCCAAGUACUUGCCGACUGGUCACUCGCCGUGGCAAGUGCACGUGCUCAACGGUGGCCAGGCCACUCGGGGAUCCUCUUCAUCUUUUCAACAGGCUUCCUCGCCACCGCCGCAGCAGCAGCAGCAACAGCAGCAACAAGUCUGCCGAUUUCUCGUGCGGGUGCAUCACCUGCUGCUGCGUCAGGAGAAACUCUGCCUCGGUGACUUUCUGCCCCUGAAACCGAGUCAGUGGCCGCCAGCCACCACGACCGACGACGAAGAUGCCGGCCCGAGUAGCAGUCGACUGCUGAUGGCCAACCAAGCGUCCGUAGGCGGUGGCGGCCAGCAGCAAAGGCUCAUGCUCAAGCCCCCGAACGCGCUGCCCUCGCCCUUCGCGAAUCUGUACAGCGAGCCGCAGGCCCUGCCGCGACUGCACCAGAAGCUCACGGAGAGCUUCAGCAACGUCUGGAACGAGUUUCUCUGCAACAACGACCCGACCGAGCGGCCCGAGAUACUGAAGAAGAGGAUCGGCGUGUGGCAGUGCUCCAAGAUUGCCGUCAUCGUCUGCUUCAGCACGGCCAAGGAGAUCAAGAGGCAGUACCACCGCAAGGAAGGGCCGAGCGUGCUGGCGAGCCUGUGGCCGGCCUACAAGCGAGAGGCGCGCAAGCGCAACUUCACCCUGGGCCUCGUGCUCCAGGCCAUGCUUAACCUGCUGAAUCCCGCCCAGAGUCUGCGCAGCGGCUGCGCCUGGCUCUGGUAUCUGCUCAUCGUGCUGAGCCUCAAAGCGCCGAUCUUGCUCUGGCGGGAGCUGCGUGCGGCGAGUCUGCUCUACGACCAGCAGCACUACUAUCCGGACAGUCUGGUGGCGGAUCUGGCGGUCUAUCUGCCGCUUCUCUUCAAUGCCGUCGUGGAGGUACUGUCGAUCCUCGGCAUGAUCUUGAGCGCGCCGUUCGUCGUGUUCGAGGAGCUGCUGCGCAGCGGCCGAUCGUCGGCCCAGUUGCGCACCGCCUCCCAAACCGGUCGCAAGGUCGUCGCCUGGUCCGACGAGAUAGAGCUCGAUCUGCUCGAGAGGAUCGCCGGUGUCAGCGGAGCCAGCGACGCCGAGAUCCUCUUGGCCGGCGCCGUCGAUUCGCUCAAGGAGUACUUCAAGUGUUCCGGCCAGCAGAUACCCGACGAGAUCCUCGCCACGGCCAAGUUCACGAGUCAGCGAGCUCUCUACGUGAGCGACCGCGAGCCCAAGGGUCUGCUCUGUCUGGCCCUGCCCACGACCACGCCCAACUUCGAGGACGACCUCGUGGACAUACUGCAGGCGGUGCAGAGCGAGGUGGCCGAGGCACGAUCCCGGCAGCGGGCCCUCUACGCCAUAACUCAGGCAGAGACGGCCUCGGGCGUGCUCACCUCCUGUCUGCCCUCGAUCAUUCUCAAGGUCGUGCUGAAUCAGUUGACGAGACGCUACUCGAUCUCGGUGACGCACGUCGACGGCGAUCUGCCCGUCGAAGGCAUACAGUCGGCUGUUUUCUGGAAGCCGCCACAGGGCAAUCUCAAUCUGUCGAUGAGCCUGCACAGGCACGGACGCGGGGUACGCCUGGGCGUCAUGGGUGACGCCAUGAUCGGGCCCCAGCACGCGGCCAUCACCCGAGCUUUUCCACGCAGUCUCAAGCGCCUCGCUCGUACCCUCGGCGUCGAGGCCAGCGCGAGGGAUCGUCUUCGUUUUCAGCAGCAACAGCAGCAACAGCAGCCACCAUCUAAUCCGAUUAGCUGAGGCAUCGGGGAUGCGACUGAGCGCGUGUGUGUAUGUGCACGAGUGCAGCUAUAAUACGGCAACGCAGCAGCAGCAGCACCCUGUGAAGGAGCGAUGACCCCGUAUAUACCAACACACGACAAUUUAGCCAUGCUAGCUAGCUUCUAUUCGCGCGUAUAUAUAUAAUAAUAUUGAUCUGUUUUCGCUUCUCGUUUUUCCCUUUUAUGUGCUGCUGCUGUAUAGCACAUAUAAGUAUAGAUAGUACCCUAUAGGGGAGAGAGAGCUUAACGCGAUGCCUCGAUGCGCACGCUGCCUUCCGUGCCUGUGCCUGCACCGAUGCUUACACACAUACGCGCGCACACAUUUUCUGUCCCCAAGCUGUGACGCGCCUAUCUAUACGAUUCCCCGUGUGUCGUUAAAGAGAUCGUUUCAAUUUUUAUCAGUAAAGAACAUAUUUUUAGAGCCACGCAGCAGCAGCAGCUACACCAUCGACGCCCCCGAUCGAUCGUUUUUGGGCGGCGACCAACCCCGCUACUAACGCCGCGUGCGAAUCUAAUGUUUACUUACUUGAACAAUAAUUGUAGACCCUUUUAUUCAUGUUAUGUAUGCGUAUUGGUAAGGCUAGUGAUAAAUGAUUACUUUUAGCUCAUGCAAGAUUAAAAUUGUCUGGAUUAUAUUUUUGGAUUGAGGAGAUGUUUUUGAGCAGAUUUUUAAUAAAGAACUUUAAUCGUCUAAAGUAA